AUGAAGGUUUUAACAUCAUCAGUGAAUCAAAGUCAGUGUGAUAAAUACAAACGACAAUGGAAUAUGAUCUUAGAAAGAAAUAGACAAUUACAAGAGAAAUUAUUAAGUCGUGAAAAUUAUUUGAAAUUGUGUCAGGACUGGUUAGAUCUCUUGUUACAGUUAAAUGAUCAACUACACAAAUUUGAGAGUAAAAUGCUUCAGUUGAAAUAUUUAACUGAGAUGAAUCAAACUAAUCCUGUUGAUACAUGCUUAGAUCAGUUUCAAAUUGAUAUGAAUCAGUUAGUGAUAUGGAUAGAAUCAGUGAAAGACUUGUUAAAUACUAUAAAGGAUGCAGAGAAUAGACAUUUUGAUGAUAACACUGCUCCAAUAAGUCAUCUACAAAUAAAUAUAUCAAAUAGUUUAAAUUAUAUCAUGUUGUAUCAUUCAAACCUUGAGAGGAAUUUAUUCGAGACAAGUCAAUGGAAUGCAGCAGUCAAAAAUGUAUAUCGUUUACUAAAUGAGAUGAAUGAAGAACAGUUGUGGAUUAAAGGCCUGGAUGACAACCAGUUAUGGUUGCGCAAUAUUGAAAUGAAUGUAGCUACACACCAAAUACCUCAAUCUGUCGAAGAAGCAAAAAUCGAACUUGAUCUACACAAAGAAUUAGGUGAACAGAUUUUGGCACGUAAAGAGGAAUUUGCCGAUUUAAUCAGUUAUGGACGAUGUAUCACAGCAGGGGAAACAGAUACACACUAUGUACAAUUAGAUCAACGUCUAGACAGAUUAGAAAACGGAUGGUCUGAGUUAAUGCAGAUGUGGACAUAUCAACAAAAGCUCCUCAAACAGGAUGUUCAAAUUCAGACGUUCUUUCGUGAUGCUCAUUCAUUUGAAAAUAUGCUAUCAACGCAACAAAACAGACUGAUGAGCUAUCAACUGCUAAUAUAA